GAAGCUAUCAACUCUAUGUACGCAUGGUACUAGGAUUCUGCCAAGUGCUACGCAUAUCUAAUUAACGUUGACUUUCUACUGAAAGACUAAAGUAUUAGCUAGAGCUCUGAACGUAGCGUAUAGUUUUACGAGAGGAUGGACGUUACAAGAGCUCAUCGCCCCACGUGAAUUGAACAACUUUAAUCGAUCUCGUAGAAGUCUAUUGGAACCAAGUCCUCGCCGUAAAAGCGCAUCAACGCUAUGACGGGUGUUCAACCAACGGCUUUGUCAUUGGGAUCAUUGCACAACUCCUCCGUGGAACAGCGAAUGGCAUGGGCGUCAAACAGAACAACCACGCGAAAGGAGGAUAUUGGGUACUGCCUUUUGGGAAUGUUUGACGUUCAUAUACCGAUGCUCUGUGGAGAGGGGAGAAAAGCAUUCAUAAGACUCCAAGAAGAGAUGAUCAAGCGACAUGCUGAUCAUUUCAUCUUUGCUUGGACC